ACCACAGACAAUGACCUCCACUGCAUCCCAGCCCAACGUUCCUCCCCCCGCAACAAUGACUCUCCCAACGGACCCCAGCCCUGAGCUUCCGGAAACCGACCGUCUCGGUCUUCCGCUGCACCUCCGGAUCCCAGCCAGCAUGCUAGGAUCAUUCCUUGCGGGAGUCGGGAUGGGUCUUUCCCAGGGAAGCAUGAUGGCCGGACUACGGUUCCGGGCCGAGAACGCACACCGGCUCCCUCAGACUCCGACAGGAUGGUACCUCUACCACAAGAGCAAGAACUACCAUAUGAUGCUAGGUGGGGUGAGAGAAGGGCUGAAAAUGGGCACAAAAGUGAGCGUAUGGGUAGGCGGAUUCUUCACCGUGGAAGAAGCCGUCGACCGACUACGCGGAGGACAGAAGGAUUUCUUUUCGACAGUCGUGGCGGGCUUGGGCAUUGCUGGUGGAUUCAGCUUAUGGCACCGUUUCCCAGUAAUAACAGCCGCGCGUACCGCUAAAAUGGGUCUCCUCUUCGGUCUGGGUUAUGGCCUGACUCAAGACGCCCUGUCACUUUUGCAGGGACGACGACUAGCCUAUGUGGAUUUCAUCCUGGGAACGAAACGGAAAGAGAGGAGAGCUGCUGCUGCUGCCGCAGCUACUGCGGAUGGUGCUCAGACGCAAUUGGCAUGAGACGGGCAUGAGCACCCGUGAAGUGCUUGCAGAAGCACCUCUUUUGCAAAAUACCCAACUGUGUCUACGUAUUUAUUCCUACGUGGAUUCCGUGCAAGACUUAAUGUCCUGAUAGAUAUUAUCGGACAUGGACAAUCAGAGAAGCACAAGCCCCAGUCGAGCUCCAAGCUUAAUGCUUUUCACGCCAAAAUAACGAGCAAUAUGCCGCAAAAUGGUACCGCCUCGUACGAUAGACAUGUGCCAGUCUUCCAGUAUCCUUUUGUACCGAUGCGGGGGCGAUAUGCUCGCUGAAACUGCAGCGCCCGUUCCGGUCAAGUGAAGGUCCAAGUCAGCGACAAGCUAUCAACGCAUUGCGCAGCUCCCACUAGAUAACUCUCGCCUGUUGCAAAAUAGCAAAGGCAUGGCAUACAAAGACAAACGGGCGUCACAUCAAACCAUUCAUCCAUUUGAACAGCCGGAUGGCGGAUGACUUCUGUCGAUUCAUGACCAUUUC